CUCCCGUCCCGGCCAGUCGAUACAGCUGAUCGUUACGUCAGCGGGAAAUCGUCGUGACACGAGUCGCGCUUUCGCCGCGCAAUUUUUCCCGCGGCCUCGACUCGGUAACGUUCUCGCUCUCCGGUUUCCCUCCGUCUCUCUUUUCUCGAGCGCGAGCGAGGCCAAACGAUCCCGCGCGCCAACCACCUGUGUCGUGUCGUGUCGUGUCGUCGUUGAUCAUCAUCGUUAUCGCAUCCCGUAGGAACGGGCAGCGAGAUGCGGGCGCGUACGCGUCGUGAACGGAUGGCGCGCGUCUCGUAAACCGCCGCGGCCGCGUAAACUCGCCGAGAAGUAAUUCCGGAGUCAAGGUCGUUUAGUCUUUCUCCCUCUCGCUUUUUCUAUCCCCUUUCGUUACGAGCUCGAGGGCACUUCAAGGGAAAUUCGACGAGCCUGUGCCAAGUACCCGAAUCAUCAUCGCGGAUGCGAGGGGAGGAUCUUCUCGAUGGAGAUCGAGAUGGAAAAUAUUUUUCUAAUUUCGAGCGUAUCGUUAAAUGACCGUUUCCGAGACAGUCCACCGAGACUCGUUUAACGACAUCCAGGAGGCGGAAUUCAAGUCGAAUUUGACAGUAAGCAAGAAGGAUGUAAUUUACCUUUCGCCAAUCCUCGAUGAAACGGGGGUAACGUGACGUGAAUAAAGGUACAUCGAGCGAGAAUAGAAGCGAUCGUUGACAUCGACGAUGUCGGAAGCGUAAAACGUGGCGCGUCCAUUCGUCCCGAAGAUGCUGGUGGACGACUGCGGAAACGGAAUGGGGUGGACUACGGCCAGCGUACGCGGGGGAUGGUCCACCCCGGGAGGAUGUAGAAAUUCAGCCAUGAGCUUCGGCGGCAGCGUGCCGUCCUUGCACCCGACCGGCUCGAUAAGAUCGUUACGUUCGCAACAUUCUAUGCAGGCUCCGCCCGAGACACCGCGAAGAUGCAUACAUUGUCAUCCGGUACAUGUUCCCAGCACCCCCAAUAAUUACAUGCAACAUCCUAUGCAGUAUUAUACGCCGACUCAUUGUAUGGAGGGUCAGAAUGGCACAUAUACGCCGCAUCGUGGCAGCUCGUAUCAUGGCGACACUCGUCUGCGCUACAUAGACGGGGAUGAAAGCAUGGGUAAUACGAACUGGGUUCUAGGCGAUUUACCCACUCUGCAUCGUUGCGUACCCGCACUUCGUCGUCCAGGCAUAGAUGUCGCCGGUAUGCGAGCGCAUUUCUAUCCGGAGGGUGGUUGGGGUUGGUUGGUCUGCGCCGCCGGUUUCCUCGCCCUGUUGCUCACCACCGGGAUGCAGCUCGCCUUCGGAUUGCUCUAUCUUUACGCCGUACGACAUCUCGGUGAUGUCUACUUGAUGGACAUAGUCUGGGCGGGGGCGUUAAGCGCCGCGGUUUCCCGCGGUUCAGCGCCGCUGGUCGUCGGCGCGUGUCGUCGUGGCAAUACAAGGCUUACGGCGGUAAUCGGCGGUCUCGUGCUGGCCCUGGCAUCACUCUUCACCUCGUUCGCCCUCCAGAUGCAUCAAGUGCUCCUUAGCUACGGGCUGGUGCUGGGUACGGGAGCCGGCCUCGUGAGGGAAACCGCCGGUCUGGUGUUGGGCAAUUACUUCAGAAAACGGCGGGAGUUCGUCGAGAUGGUGGUGCAAGCCGGGACCGGUGUGGGAAUAGCGCUUUUCAGCGUCUUCUACAAGGAAGCCGUCGGGAUAGGGAUCAUAAUCGUCUUCGUUCUUCCCAGGAAGCUGGGCUGGCGGCUGGGGCUUCAAUCGGUAACGGGUGCGCUCUCGUUGGCCUUCUUUCUGGGACUGAUAUACCGGAGCGCCUCGCUCUACCACCCCCAACGUCGGGCGAUAUUGCAUCUGAAGAAUCAACGUAGCAAACUCAAGGAGAAGAAAUCCGGGAACAAGGUGCCGAAGCAGCCGCUGGUCGAUCUGAGCCCUCUAGGAUCGCGUCCUGUGAGGAUGCUCAUGCUGGCCGCCGGUGCCGCCGGUUUUGGUCUCUACACCCCCGCCUUCUACAUCGCUUUGCAAGGCAACCAGGAGGGAUUGGAGGCCAGCGCUCUGGUACUGUUGCAAACCUGUCUGGGGUUGGCGGUGGCACUCGGAUGCGCGGCCUGGGGGGUGGUCACCGCCAAGCCUUCCGCUCAGUGCCUAGUGUCCAGGCAAUAUCUCUGCCAAGCGGCACUCAUCGGGGUCGCUGUAGCUCAAGUGGCUCUUGGUAGCGUGCAAGGUUAUCACGGACUCGUACUGGCCUCCGGGCUUUACGGCGCCUCGCUCGGCGGUGCACUCUACUCCCUAAAGAUGCUGGCCCUGGAAAGGUUGCGAGCGAGACAUUUCGCCAGAUCGUGGGCUCUGGUGCAAGCCGCGGAAGCUCUGCCGAUCCUUUUCGGAGUUCCUCUCACAGGUUACAUGAACGCGAACAGCCCGCGGGUGGGCUACUACGCGUGCACGUUGAGUUCCUUGUGCGGCGCGGCGCUGCUCUUCCUGGUCGGCUGGGGACGGCAGCCGGCGUCGCCGCUCCUGCCGGGGCCGCGGCUCUCGAGCCUCGGCCUCGGCCUCGGCGUCGCGCCGCCGCCGCCGCCGUGCGCCUGUCCGCCGCCGCCGCGGCCCCGGCUACCCAAGUCGCAGUCCCUGCACGUGCCGCUGGACGUCGAGGACGGCAUGCGCGAGCAGCGGGUCUACGCCGAGCGGAUGCACGAGGUCGACCACUACUGCCACCCGCAAUUCCACGCGCCGCUGCGGCCGAGCAAGAGCGUCCCGGAGGGCCUCGGCCACCAGGACCCGUACCGCGUCCGGCCGCGACGUCACCGCGACAUCACCGUCAUCGAGCAGAUCACCACCAGCGUCUAGGAGCGAGAGCGAUCGCGGCCGAUAUCGCGCGCGAUAGUGUUUAAGGCGGACGGGAACUCCGACGAUGUCCGCUUCGGGUGAUGCUGGAAACGCGUGCUCCUGUUCGCGCUUGUUGCGUCGUUAGAGUUGCUCUUUAUCGAGAUCAACAAGCGUUACAUCGAUCUCGGAAUUGUACAGAAAUGCCUCCGAAAGCUUCUCCAGGAGUUUUGUGUUUUCUCUUUUGCGUUUUUCAAAAUUGGAGAGGAAAGGAAGAACGAUAUUGCAUUUUCUUUGUAACUUAGAUUGCUUGUUAUGAUAUCGUUGGGCUGUUUUUUUUUUAGCUUGCUUUUUUACAUUUUGUCGCAUAAAAGUAACUUACCGGAUGAUUUGGAGUUGUUUUUGAGAAAAAAAAGAGGUAUUAAUGGUAAAAGCUGGUUCCGAGAUGCAAGCGGAAAAUAAAAUGAUAGCUACGAGAAAAAAAGGAAGUAAUUCGCGCGUAUCGGAUACUUUGCGAUCGCGGUAUCAAGGAAGAGUGAUAGUUGAAGCUCUCUAGAGAUAUAUCAUCCCUGCAGUCUUUUCCUACUAAUUGCUAAGAUAAGAUCGAUUAUUAAAUUGAAUUAACGCAUAAAUAAAGUUUGUAUUAGUUGAUAUAUCGUGAAUAGAUCAAAUUAAAUGUAUUACGCGCGUUAGGAAAGUAUUUAUUCAUGUUGAUACGCUAGUUUGAAAUAUUACUGCCAGGGAAGUAAUUCUGUCCGUCGAGAAAUUGUGGCUUUCAAUUAAAACAAAAGUUGCUUUUUAAAGAUUUCGACGAAAUACUAUUUCUAUUCCUCUCCCUAAGAAAUUGAAUAUAGGAAAAAUAUAAAAAUGAUAAUUACAAUCAACUUGUGAAAGAGAUAAUCGAGAGAGAAAGAGAUAGACGGAGAUCUGUUUUAAUUUAUAAAUAUAUUGUAACGAGUUUGAUUUAAAAUCGCGAAUUCUGCAUCUAUUAGCGUCCACUUUGUUAUUGAUCCAAUCAGCUGAUGCGAAUGAUAAUUAGCGCGAAUAUUAUCGACGGACCGAUAUCUUCCCUAUACAGAGUUUCGUGCGAGAAAUAGCGUAUUUAUAUACACAUAUAUAUACAUAUAUAUGUAUAUGUAAGUAUAAAUUAAGCGAUCGAAAGCACACACUCUCGUCGUUAAAUUUCCCCAUAGAUGAAAAUAUAUGUAUAGCGCGUGGAGCUGGUCUCCGGAAGCAUCGCCGUAGGAAUCGUUAAAUAUUAAUAAGGAUAAUAAUACACGUCAUACACACGUACACACACACACGUGCGAACGUUUCAAACGCGAACGAUGUCUCGAGAUUAAACCUGUAAAAGAUCUCUGAGAAAGGAUCGACGGGAUAUCCAUCUCGCAAAGUUGUCAAUUUUUUUAUUCCCUUCAAUUGGAUAAUUCGAUUUGCAAUCGCGCUAAAUUGAUUUAUCUAGGCAUUUCUAUCGCUUUAUUCGAAAUUAAAAGAUACACCUUUCGAACAGCCGUGCUUCUUAAUAUGUGUAUCCGAUUCGAAUAGCGUUUUUACGAAGCGUAAGUGUAUUAUCGCGAAGUAUCGGCUCUAUUUCUAUCAGCCUGUAAGACUAAUUAUAAUCUCGAAUCACAUUAAUCUCGAUAACGUAAUUAGUACCUGAAUAUUAAGUGCUCUAGGUACCUAAUGCAAUGAGCGAUGACGUAGCGAUGUCACUCGCUUCGUUAUUUAAUUAUUCCUACUUUCUCGUAUAACGUACUUUGCUACCCUAAACUAUGUCGAAACUAAACAUUAUGCACGAUGCGAACCACCGUUUUCCUUACGCAGUUGAUGAAAAUCGAUAAACCGUAGAAAGUAUCGCAAUCAUGUUUGCGGAGAUUAUAAGAAAGUAGUAAGUAAAAUGUAUAGGUAGAUUAUUUAGAUCUCUGUAGUUGAAUUUGUCACAUUUUCCAAUACGGUGUAAUAUCGGAAAUAUCGCAUCUACUGGCAACGACAGUUGAAUUUUAUAUAGAGAGAAUUCGAGAGCGGAUUAUUAUUAAGGAAUUCUACACGUAUGGAAUUUCCUACACGAUUUAAUAAAAUUAAUAUGGCAAUGCCAUAUUGAUUCAAAAGUGGAACAAUCUUCGAUUUAUAAGAUGAACAAUUCGUAUCACAUUUCUUGCUCGAAAAAUAUCAAAGAUCAGAAUAUGUUCUUCAGCGUUUUUUCUCGGCUGUACAUUCAUAAAAAGUUGUAAUCUUUUUAUAAAUUGACGAAAUCGUAUAAGUAAAUCACUCUUAGAAAAUUAAAGAAGGAGUGCACGAUAUACGAGGUCAAGAUUGAGUUCCAGUCACAAUCAUUUGCCAAUUAAAUGAAUGGAGGAAUUAAAUCCGUCUUUCAAUCAUUUCACAUCCACAUAGCUAUAAAUUUACAUUACGUGUAAAAUUAUAUUACUAUACAUGUCUCUUAUCAUUGUCUAAAUCUAAAAUAAUCUAAAAAUAUUGUGCGUGUAAACAUGUUAUAUUUUGUACUUUUUAAUUGGCCUCGUAGAACUUGUUAAAAUUUCUGAACGUGUGCUUCCCUAUAUUGAAAUAAAAAACACUGUUUUUAUAUUAUAAAUUACAUGUAAUUAUCGGCGAGUAUCGGGCGAAUUUGUUAGAUCGUAAAGAUUGUAGUUUAUAAUGUUGCAGAGUCUCUCUUAGUCGCGUUAAAAAAUAUUUCUUUAAAUCAAUAUGGAUAAGGAUCAAACGUAUAAACGUCAGCAAUCUUAACGUUCGUUAUAAAGACUUUUUUAAUAUAUAUAUAUAUACAUACAUAUACAUAUAUAUAUACAUAUUGACUUUUGAUGUGAUGAAUUGUUUGUAUACUGCCAAUUUUUAUAGGAUAUAAUCGAAUAAUCGAUUUUCAAUGGUUCAAUGCACACAAUGAAGAAUUUGCAUGAGUAAUUUUACGAAUCCAGCAAAAUGAGAUUAAUGUUUCAUGUUGGGACAUUUAUAAAUAAUAAGAUAUUUUCUCUCUUUCCCAACUAGAGAGUUUUUCGCAAUCAUUAAAUCGGGAUUGUUAACGAAUUUAUAGUAGACAAAUAGUUCACCUCGGACUGCAAACAAUCUCACAAUAGAAAUUAUUCGAGAAAUUAUAUGACUUUGCGAUUAUGUAUAGUUCGCAUUUUUAAUAAUUUUUAUUUCCUUAGUAUUAUAAAUUUAUUUCUCUGCUGCAGUUCACGAAACAUAUAUUGAUUGAUAAUAGAUUUUAUAAACGCAAGAUGGAUGGUUGAAUUUUUCGACCUUUACAUGUAAAUAUAUAUUUUUAUGU